GACGACUGAUCCUUGGCCGGGGGUGAGGUUGGUAGGUCCUAGGGGCUCCUGAGGAGGCGGGAACCCGGUGCUCGGACCGAGAGGCCAGGCUAGCUAUCCGGUCCCGGAGGAAAGGCCAGGGAGGAAACAGGGAGUUCAAGCCCGGCUUUGUAAUUCUGAGGAGGGAACCGGAACCGAGCCCGCGGUAACCAGUCACUCGGAUCCGUGCGAGCGGGGCCUCGGGCGUGGCCCGUGGGCGUGACCCUGAGGGUGACAAUCAGGAUUCUUCCCUUUUCCAAAAGAAAGGCUCAAAAGAGAAGGUUCAUCUCUUGCAAAUCUCAAAGCCAUGCCUCAGGAUGAACUAGAGUAUGCCCUUACAGGGAUCAGUGUCAUUCAAGGAUGUGACUGUGGACUUCACCCAGGAGGAAUGGCAGCAACUGGAUCCUGCACAGAAGGCCCUCUACAGGGAUGUCAUGUUGGAAAACUACUGCCAUCUCAUCUCUGUUGGGUUUCACAUGACUAAGCCCGAGAUGAUCCGCAAGUUGGAACAAGGAGAAGAACCGUGGACAGCAGAGAAAAUUUUUCCAAGUCAGAGCGACCUUGAAGAAGACGGAAAAGCUGAAGAUGCUUUAGUGAAGUUCAAAGAAUAUCAAGACAGGCACUCUCGAUCAGUCAUAUUCAUCAACCAUAAAAGAUUAAUUAAGGAAAGAAGUAAUAUUUUUGGGAAAACGUUUCCUGUAGGCAAGAACCGUAUUAUGUCAAAAACAAUACUACGUGAAUAUAAGCCUGAUGGAAAGGUUUUAAAAAAUAUUUCGGAAUUAGUCAGUAGAAAUAUAAGCCCUGUAAGAGAGAAGUUUGCUGAGAGUAAUGGAUGGGAGAAAUCAUUCCUCAAUACUAAAAAUGAGAAAAUUCAUACUACAGUGAAUCUCUGUAAACAAACAGAAAGGAGUCUGAGUGGUAAACAAGAGCUUAUUCAACAUCAGAAGACUCAAACUCCUGAGCAAUCAUUAGAUCAUAAUGAAUGUGAAAAAUCCUUCCUUAUGAAAGGAAUGUUAUUUACACAUACUAGAGCUCACAGAGGAGAAAAACCCUAUGAAUACAAUAAAGAUGGAAUAGCCUUAAUCGAAAAGUCAAAUCUCAAUGCCCAUUCACAAACUCUUAUUGAGAAGAAAACCCAUGGAUACAGCAAAUACGGUAAGUUCCUCUGCAGGAAGUCUAUUUUUAUCAUGCAUCAGAGAUCUCAAACAGAAGAGAAACCCUUUCAGUGUCCUUAUUGUGGAAAUAGCUUUAGAAGGAAGUCAUAUCUCAUUGAACAUCAACGAAUUCACACAGGUGAGAAACCUUAUGUCUGCAAUCAAUGUGGAAAAGCUUUCCGUCAAAAGACAGCCCUCACUCUUCAUGAGAAAACACAUAUAGAAGGGAAGCCCUACAUUUGUAUGGAUUGUGGGAAGUCCUUCCGCCAGAAGGCAACUCUCACUAGACAUCACAAAACACAUACAGGGGAGAAAGCCUAUGAAUGUACUCAGUGUGGAAGUGCUUUUAGAAAGAAGUCAUACCUCAUUGAUCAUCAGAGAACUCACACAGGAGAGAAACCGUAUCAAUGUAAUGAAUGUGGGAAGGCAUUUAUCCAGAAGACAACCCUCACUGUACAUCAAAGAACUCACACAGGAGAGAAACCCUAUAUAUGCAGUGAAUGUGGAAAGUCCUUCUGCCAAAAGACAACCCUCACUCUCCAUCAAAGAAUUCAUACUGGGGAAAAACCCUAUAUUUGUAAUGAAUGUGGGAAGUCCUUCCGCCAGAAGGCAAUCCUCACUGUUCAUCAGAGAAUACAUACAGGAGAAAAAUCCAAUGGAUGUCCUCAGUGUGGGAAAGCCUUUAGCAGGAAAUCAAACCUCAUUCGCCACCAGAAGACUCACACAGGAGAGAAACCAUAUGAAUGUAAAGAAUGUGGGAAGUUCUUCAGUUGUAAGUCAAACCUCAUUGUACAUCAAAAAACCCACAAGGUAGAAACCAUGGGAAUUCAGUAAAGGAUAUGACUUUUUUGGUAAAAACUUUUGAAGUCCUAGUAAACACUGUACAUGAUGUAGCUUGCAAAUAUAAUAUUCAACAGUUUAAGGUACUAUUCCACAAAUUUACCUACUGUUUGUGAACCUAUAUAACACACAAAGAAUGACUAGACAAAUAGUAGUCAUUGAAAAUAUAACCCUAAAUUUUUUAUUAUUAGAUUCAGC